AUGGCUGUAAAUUUUAAUGACCCAGCCUGUGGCUUCCUUCAGAGGGAGGUUGUAGAUUUCUUAAAUAAGCAAAUACGUCAAGCUGGAGUCAGUCCCUACUUCUCCUCGUUGUGCGAGAGCAAGUCUUGGGGGGAUAUGGAGAAGAAGUUGAGGGACAUUGUGACUAACUCAGGUAUAUCGGGACGCCUCAGGGAGGCUUGUGCCUGGAGCUCCCUGGCCCUAGCAGUGCGGUUUGCUGAGAGGCAGAAGUCGAAGGAUAAAGAAAAGAUAAAAAAGCUCCAGGAGCAGCUCGAGGAGCAGAAGCUUCUCACGAAUGCCUUGAGGGGGACGGUGAAUAGACUCCGGGGGAUACAAGAGAGGGAAAAGGAGAAGGCCCAGUCCCAGCUUCAGCAGAGCCUCACAAACCUUCAUAGAGUAGAGGAAGAGCGAAAUUUACUCAGGAGUGAGCUUCUUAGGGUGUUAAGCAGUCAGUCUCAGCAGCAGGCCAGAACUCAGGGAGAGGAGAAGGAAAAGGAGGCACAGACGUCUGGGAUGCUGACGUGUUCUUACGGCACAGCAAGUUGCUGGCUGAGGGGGGAGGCGGGGAAGGGAUCAGACCAGGAGGCACAGACGUCAGGGAUGCUGAUGUGUUCUUACGGCACAGCAAGUCGCUGGCUGAGGGGGGAGGCGGGGAAGGGAUCAGACCAGGAGGCACAGACGUCAGGGAUGCUGAUGUGUUCUUAUGGCACAGCAAGUCGCUGGCUGAGGGGGGAGGCGGGGAAGGGAUCAGACCAAGAGACCGCUGCUGCUCCUGGGAUGGCUGCUCUAGGGGGAGAGGCAAAGAAGGACAAAGUGAUUUCUCUAUGGGGGAACAACGAGGUGGUAGCUAAUUUUUCUUGCCCUCAGUUCUUGGGUGCUGGGGCCCAGGCUGGUCAACUGCUACCCCUUAAUCUCUCUCAAUUCUCUUAUUCAUAUCCACCUACAGUUUCUCUCGCAGGAGCAACAGGUGAAGCUGCAGCAGCUCCUCCUGUGAAAAAUUCCAGAACUAGGUGGGAUAGAAAGCAUAGCCAUACCAGGAAGUUCUUGCCAGAAACGCUUAAGCAAUACCAAUACCCUGGCGUCUCUCACUCUGCAAGACGUACCAUCAGGCGCAGAAUGGGAGACUGGGACUGUGCUUGGUGUCAUUCGAUGAAUUUCUUAUGGCGAACGAUGUGCUUUAAAUGUAAAAAAUCCUGGCACACAAGGGAAAGUAGAGGCUCUCCCCCCAAUUAG